AUGACUAUCGCAACUAUCAGCUACUCGGGCAAGACGGUGGUGGCAGAAGAGCUCACACCAGAGGCAUUUGCAAAGUUCGGGUCGGUCAUCUCGCCGCGGGACCAGAUUGCGGCCGAGUUGCCGGCGAAGGGAGCGGGCAACAUCUUUACCCAGGGAGAUGUGGUGAAGCCAGAGGGGAAGUAUGAGCAGUCCAAGUUCAACCCGGAGUCGUACUGCAGCUUCAAUUUGCAGCGGUUCAUGCCGCCGGCGACGAUUGACCGCACGGCUAAGCACUAUGAUGCGAUGAUGAUUGAGCGACACCCGAUGUCGUCGCAGACGUUUUUCCCGAUGGGGGUGGAUAAGGAGGAGGCGGCGUACUUGGUGCUUGCGACAGAGAACGAUGCUGAGGGCAUGCCGGACCUGAGCAAGCUGAAGGCGUUUGUCGCACGCGGGAACCAGUCGGUGACAUACAACGCGGCGGUGUGGCAUGGAUCGACGUGCUCGCUGCGGGACUAUCUGGACAUGACGAUGUUUAUGUACACGAACGGGGUGGCAGCCGACAUCACGGAGGUUGUUCAGAUUAGCGGGGGGCUGCCCGUAGAUUAUUAG